UUUCAGAAAGACGUUCAACGGAUCAACAUCUAGAAGCACGGCGGAGUUUCAAUACUGAAAAAGACGCUUAAAAAUGAUGUUAUUGUUUGGAUCAUGUUUUCUGGUACUAUUCCUUUCUUCUUAUACGAGAGCUCAAGUUGUAGUUUGUGGAAAGUGUAGCCCGUUGUGUGGUACUGGUGUUUAUACUCACGCAGGAACUUGUCAACCAAACGGAAAAUGUCUUUGUUUCUGGGGAUGGACAGGACCCAACGCUUACUACAUCAAAGAAAAUAGAAUCAUGGCAGAUUAUUGUCGAAUUCCGUGUCACUAUACGCCAGAUUAUCGUAAUCCAGUAUGUGUUAGCUCAAAACGCACAGGAGGAGAAUGCAAAGUUCCGACGUCUUUAGAACCAAAAAAUCCUUGUGAUCCAAAAUGUGGAAAUCAGCCAUUUUUUGGUCGUGGAGUGUGCUUGAGUAAUGGUCGAUGUCUGUGUUGGUGGGGCUGGACUGGGCCUGAUGCCUGUUAUGUUGAAAGUGGAGAAUACAGAAACAGAAUAAUUGCUAACUAUUGCGCAAGACCUUGCCAUUUUACACCGUAUGUUCGUAACCCAAAAUGUCUUAAUGGCUCUUGGGACGAUAGCUCAAUUUACGAGAAAAAAACAAAUCAACUUCAAACUGUAAAAGUUUCCUGUAACCCGUUGUGUGGUACUGGCGUUUAUACUCAUGCAGGAACUUGUCAACCAAACGGAAAAUGUCUUUGUUUCUGGGGAUGGACAGGACCCAACGCUUACUACAUCAAAGAAAAUAGAAUCAUGGCAGAUUAUUGUCGAAUUCCGUGUCACUAUACGCCAGAUUAUCGCAAUCCAGUAUGUGUUAGCUCAAAACGCACAGGAGGAGAAUGCAAAGUUCCGACGUCAUUGGAACCAAAAAAUCCCUGUGAUCCAAAAUGUGGAAAUCAGCCGUAUUUUGGUCGUGGAGUGUGCUUGAGUAAUGGUCGAUGUCUGUGUUGGUGGGGGUGGACUGGGCCUAAUGCCUGUUAUGUUGAAAGUGGAGAAUACAGAAACAGAAUAAUUGCUAACUAUUGCGCAAGACCUUGCCAUUUUACACCGUAUGUUCGUAACCCAAAAUGUCUUAAUGGCUCUUGGGACGAUAGCUCAAUUAACGAGAAAAAAACAAAUCAACUUCAAACCGCAAAAGUUUCAUGUAACCCGUUGUGUGGUACUGGCGUUUAUACUCACGCAGGAACUUGUCAACCAAACGGAAAAUGUCUUUGUUUCUGGGGAUGGACAGGACCCAACGCUUACUACAUCAAAGAAAAUAGAAUCAUGGCAGAUUAUUGUCGAAUUCCGUGUCACUAUACGCCAGAUUAUCGUAAUCCAGUAUGUGUUAGCUCAAGACACACAGGAGGAGAAUGCAAAGUUCCGACGUCUUUAGAACCAAAAAAUCCUUGUGAUCCAAAAUGUGGAAAUCAGCCAUUUUUUGGUCGUGGAGUGUGCUUGAGUAAUGGUCGAUGUCUGUGUUGGUGGGGCUGGACUGGGCCUAAUGCCUGUUAUGUUGAAAGUGGAGAAUACAGAAACAGAAUAAUUGCUAACUAUUGCGCAAGACCUUGCCAUUUUACACCGUAUGUUCGUAACCCAAAAUGUCUGAAUGGCUCUUGGGACGAUAGCUCAAUUAACGAGAAAAAAACAAAUCAACUUCAAACUGUAAAAGUUUCCUGUAACCCGUUGUGUGGUACUGGCGUUUAUACUCAUGCAGGAACUUGUCAACCAAACGGAAAAUGUCUUUGUUUCUGGGGAUGGACAGGACCCAACGCUUACUACAUCAAAGAAAAUAGAAUCAUGGCAGAUUAUUGUCGAAUUCCGUGUCACUAUACGCCAGAUUAUCGCAAUCCAGUAUGUGUUAGCUCAAAACGCACAGGAGGAGAAUGCAAAGUUCCGACGUCAUUGGAACCAAAAAAUCCCUGUGAUCCAAAAUGUGGAAAUCAGCCGUAUUUUGGUCGUGGAGUGUGCUUGAGUAAUGGUCGAUGUCUGUGUUGGUGGGGGUGGACUGGGCCUAAUGCCUGUUAUGUUGAAAGUGGAGAAUACAGAAACAGAAUAAUUGCUAACUAUUGCGCAAGACCUUGCCAUUUUACACCGUAUGUUCGUAACCCAAAAUGUCUUAAUGGCUCUUGGGACGAUAGCUCAAUAAACGAGAAAAAAACAAAUCAACUUCAAACCGCAAAAGUUUCAUGUGAUCUUUUAUGUGGUACUGGCGUAUAUACUCAUGCCGGUACUUGCCUUGCUAAUGGACGUUGCUUAUGUGCAUAUGGUUGGACAGGACCAAAUGCUGAUUACAUUGUUAAAAAUAGGAUUUUGGCUGAUUAUUGCCGCAUCCCUUGUCACUACACGCAUGAUUACAAAAACCCUGAAUGUGCAAACAAUAAGGUCUCCAAAAGAAAAUAAAGAAAAGAAAAUGGAAAUUUAUAUAAAAUUUUGAGACAACUAGAUUUAGUGAUAAUGUACACCAAUAUCUUGAAAUUUAAAUAAUUUGCUUUUGCAAUAAUAACAAAAUAUAUAUUAUCAUCUGUUUUUUGUUAA